AUCUUUAUAAAAGAGAAGUGAGUCUACAUUCUCUCAUCUACAUAUCAUCACUUCCUAAAGAGACACAGGCUAAAGCAAAACACGCCACCGACCUACAGCACACAGAGCAGCGCACAGGAGGAUCUGACAGCAGAGAUCUUGGUGAUCUUGCCUUCUGGUAGUCCAAUGGCAGUCUGUCUCCAGCUCACAACAUCAAACAGUUCCAUGUGUUUGUGUCAGACCUUCACCACCCAUCUGUUCCUGCCCAUCCUCUACAGUGCAAUGUUCCUGACUGGCCUAGCUGGGAACGUUCUGUCCCUUUGGAUUUUCAUGGCAAAGAUCUCAGGCAAAUCUCCCACACACAUCUACCUCAUCAAUCUAGGAAUCUCAAACCUGUUGCUGUGCAUCACUAUGCCCUUCAUCGCAGUCUACUAUGCUCUUGGCACCAGCUGGUCCUCAAGGAGCUUAAUGUGUAGAUUGGCUAUAAACGUUCUGACCCCAGUUCUCCACACCAACAUCGGCGUAGGCAUGAUCAUCCUUGCUUGGCUGGCGCUGAGUCGCUGUGCCACACUCGUCCAGCACAGUCAUGGGCCUCGCCCCAGCAAGUGCAUCAAAAUCCUGCCCAAAGUCUUCUUUAGUAGGCUGCGCCAAACUCCUUUUGCCUUGGGCGUAUGCAUGGGGACUUGGGCCAUUGUGGCGACAGCAUCAAUACCGUCGGUGGUGGUUUACUCAAUGAAAGAGACAGAAGUAGUGGAGGAUGGUGACAAGCAGACGUGUUAUAGCGUCGCGGUGGAAGUUGGUGGGUCUGGCUCUCAGGCUUUUGCAGUGAUAGGCAUUGUCAUAUUCUUCCUAUGCCUCCUUGUAGUGUUAUGUGCCUACAUGGCUGUAAUCAGGCAUUUCUACAGGUCCAGAAAGAGCACAGUCAUCUCUGAUAGACAGAGGGUCUACGCAAGAGUGUUCCGCAAUAUUGUGGUCAUCCAAAUCGUCCUGGUGGUCUGUCUCCUACCAUACCACAUCUACAAGGCAAUUUUCAUUAACUUGGCACAAACUGACUCUGGGGGAAAUGGAACAGAGUGCCACUCCCUCUCUACCUAUGUGGAGAUUAAGAAUGUUCUCCUCUGCCUGGCAGCUCUGCGCUGCAGUACAGACCCAAUCAUGUAUUUUCUGCUGGACAAAACCUUCAAAAAGCACACCCUUAACUUGAUCAGAGGGAGGUCCAACACUCAAGACAGCCAUUCGUCAAGGACUGAAUGUGGCCAGUCUGCCCCAUAUAACAACAGUUCGCCAAAAGGUGCCGCGACACACGAUACGCAUUCACAUUCAAAAGAUUAGCGGCAUGGACAAGCAAACUUAGCACUGUCAAUGCAGCCAUGAAGGGAAGUGAAAUGCUGUGAAACUAAGUGCGGACUUUCUAUUGUAAAUGGAGGGGAAACCAUUAGACAACGUGUCCACCAUGUUUUAACCUAUGUGUAGGUCUGAGGUAGCAGCAAUUUUUUCUUACUGCCCUCAGUACGCCUGGGGAACUGGUCUACAGGGCUGUGGAGUUGUGAAUGCAUUAAUGCAUGCACUUUUAUUCAUCCAGUGAAAAGGCUGGACAGACAGAAGCUGCAUAUGAGUCAUAAAAAUGAGAAGAGUUUAACAGAAAGAACCCAUUUUAUUAACAUCAAAAAAUGAAAUGUAUAUACAUCCUAAUUAUAUCCAACUGUUAAUACACACUCAAUAAAGCUGAAUUUAGUCUGCAUUUA